GACAAGUGACAGCAACUGUAUUGUAAAUCAUUGGAAAGUUGCAAUUAUUUGAUUUGUUUUUAAUAAUCGUAAUAUAAUUAAUGAAAGGCAAAAAGUUUAUAAUUAAAAACUUAAAAACCUUACACAAUGGAAGAAGGGAAUUCAAUAAUUUACGGACUUGAACAUCAGACCAGAGCAUUGUCGCCACAGUAUGGAGAAAGUGAUGCUAUUAGAUUCCUGAUCGGUACCCAAAGCUUGAAACCCGACUCUAAUCAAGUACAUGUUGUGGAGCUUGAAGAAGAUACAGGCGCAUUGCACACAAAAGUUUUUAAACAUGAUAUUGGUGAAAUAUGGCAUCUCCGUUGCUCUCCACAUGAUGCAGCCAUAUUGAUGACGACACACAAUGCUUAUGACCCUGAUACCUGCCAAUGUACAAUGGGAGUUUCUAUCUUCAAACUUCCAUCCACAGAGGUCAUACCAAAAGAUUUGGACGAUCUUAGUGCAAUACAGGGCAGGAAUGCAGAGGAUAUGGAAAUCUUAAAAACUAUAACACCAGAGAAACCAGAGGAAGAAAUACGGUGCGCCGAAUGGCAUCCGUCCGACUUAAAUCGUAUUGGCAUAGUUCUGGACAACUAUGUCAGUAUUCGAGACGUGGACACAGGAGCUCAAGUGACAAGUGUUGUGCCGGAGGGGAGAGCGAGGCUCAAGUUUACGGGGGGAAAGUGGAGUCCACAAGGACAUUGCCAAUUCACAGUAUUACAAGACACACAUAUAAAAUGUUUUGACACAAGAACAGAUUGCAUUAAAUCCUCAUGGAACAUAGACAACGCGCAUAGACAACUAGCCAGGGACAUCGAUUUCAAUCCAAACAGACAAUUCCACUUAGCAAGUGCAGGAGAUGAUGCCGCAUUGAACAUUUGGGAUUAUAGAAACGGUAAAGAGCCCAUUUUCAGCAGAACUGAUCAUUCUCAUUGGGUUUGGACGGUGCGAUACAACACCUACCACGAGCAGUUGCUGUUGACCGGCAGUUCUGAUGCGAGGGCCUUGCUGACAGCCGCUGCCAGUAUUUGCGACAUGGACGACGAAGGCAAGCGGCUCAGUCAAGUCCUAGAAGAUGGUGUCCUCCAAUCUUAUGAACAGCACGAGGACUCCGUGUACUGCGCAGAGUGGAGCGCGGCGGAACCCUGGACGUUUGCCUCCCUCAGCUACGACGCUAGGCUCGUGCUUUCCAGGGUGCCUCGACAUUUUAAAUAUAAAAUCCUGUUGUAAAUUAUAUUGAUGUAAAAUGUAUUUUAAAAUUAAAAUGAGCUAAUUGAAAUAUAAU